GGGCGGCGCUGCCAGAGCCGAGCAGGUGCCCGAGGAUGGCGAGCCGCAGCCGGACGAGCGCGCCGCAGAGCAGGCGGCCGCAGCCCCACCAGCAGCCCCACCGGCAGCCGCCGCCGCCGCAGCAACACCAACCCCGGCCCGCCCCGCCGCCGCCCCCGCCGCCCGCCCUGGUGGUGCUCCUGCUGGUCGCCGCCGCCGCCGCCUCCCUUCUGCCCACAGGGGAUGGACAGAACCUGGUGACAGAGGACGUAACCGUGGUGGAGGGAGAGGUGGCCACCAUCAGCUGCAGAGUCAAAAACAGCGACGACUCCGUGAUCCAGCUCUUGAACCCCAACAGGCAAACUAUUUAUUUCAGAGACUUCAGACCCUUGAAGGACAGCAGGUUUCAGCUAGUGAACUUCUCUAGCAGCGAGCUCAGAGUCUCCCUGACCAACGUCUCCAUUUCGGAUGAGGGAAGAUACUUCUGCCAGCUCUACACGGACCCCCCGCAGGAGUACUACAUGACCAUUACGGUGCUCGUCCCGCCACGUAACCUGAGGAUCGAGUCCCAGAAGGACACUGCGGUGGAAGGAGAGGAGAUUGAGCUGAAUUGCACGUCCAUGGCCAGCCGGCCAGCCACGAUGCUCAAAUGGUUCAAAGGCAGCAAGGAACUCUUUGGCAAAUCAGAAGUGGAGCAGUGGUCAGACAUGUACACGGUGACCAGCCAGCUCUUGCUAAAGGUCAAGCGGGAGGACGACGGGGUCCCCGUUGUCUGUCAGGUAGACCACCCUGCCGUUAAAGACUUGCAGACCAAGUACUACCUUGAUGUAAUGUAUAAGCCUGAAGUACAAGUUUUGCAGAAUUCUCCUCCGCAGCCGCUCACAAGGGAAGGAGACCUGCUCGAACUCCUCUGCCAAGUCAAAGGGAAACCAGAGCCUGUUGAUGUGACGUGGUUAAGAGUCGACGAUGAGAUGCCCCAGCACGUUUUGGUGUCAGGGUCAAACCUCCACAUUGACAGCCUAAACAAAAGCGAUAACGGCACAUACCGUUGUGAGGCUUCCAACCAAGUGGGGACGGCUUAUUCUGAUUACACGCUUUAUGUAUACGAUCCUCCCACAACUCUCCCUCCUCCCACCACCACACUUUCCACCAUCAUCACCAUCACCACCAACAUCGCCGCAGACACAACGGCGGCGGCAGAACCGGCAGUUCACGGCUUUACUCAGUUGCCCAAUACUGCCGAAGAGCUGGACUAUGGGGAUCUCUCAGAUUCUCGAGCAGGAGAAGAGAGCGCCAUCACGGCAGUGGACCAUGCGGUGAUUGGAGGAGUGGUGGCCGUGGUGGUCUUCGCCAUGCUCUGCCUCCUGAUCAUCCUGGGGCGGUACUUCGCAAGACACAAAGGUACAUACUUCACCCACGAAGCCAAAGGGGCUGACGACGCAGCCGAUGCCGACACUGCCAUCAUCAACGCCGAGGGCGGACAGAACAAUUCUGAAGAGAAGAAGGAAUACUUCAUUUAGAGCCCCUUGUUUCAGGAGGCGCCCAACGGCCGGGCUGAGGGAGGCCAAGGCCCUUCCAAGAAGAUAGAGACAAUGAUGUUGGAAGUUGCUACCAGCUUACAGCUUUUUUAAUUUGUCUCUUUGUGUCUCUUUUCUUUCUUUCUUUCUUUCUUUCUUUCUUCCUUCCUUUCUUUCUUUCUUUCCUUCUUCCCUUUCCUUUCCUUUCCUUUCUUUUUAUUUUCUAAAUUUAUGGCUGGCAAAUGUGUGGGAGUUGAGGAGUCCCAACGUAAAAAAAAGAAAAGGUGUCCUUUGUCAAGUACACUCUGCUGUGUGACACUUCUGUAUCAUUGGGUUGUUAAUUCUCUGGCCAAGUUCAGCUUGGAUUUAGUUUAGUUCCAUCAUUUACAGAAAAUUCUGUGCCUUGUUUUAUUUUUUAUUUCAUUGGAGGGAGGGGAGGGCGGAGGGGGGGAGAGAUCCUACAGUUUCAUACAGUUCUUACCUUUCUCGUUUCUUCUUCCUAGCCUUUCUUGGAAUUGUCUGCUGGAAUCCCUUGAGAAAAGAUUUGGGCUGGUUGGUUAUUAUUAUUAUUUUUUUAAAAAAAACUUCUUCGGUUUUGUUAGUUUUUCUCUUCUUCUACUAUUUCUUCUUCUCCUCCUCUUUUUUUUGUUUUCUUUUUGUUUGAGAUUCUGGGUUCUAUUUUGUUGUUGUUGUUUGAAACCGUGUCAUCAAAGGAGAACCAGCACACCUUAGAUUUCAUUGUUUGAAACUGAGUGUACCCAUCAUCCAUCAUAAUCCCUUGUUGUGAGAGCUUGGACCAAUAGGCUUUGUAGGAGGAGGGGCAGCCGCUGCCUCAGUUUCCAGUGCGCAAAGACGAGCACCUGGGCCGGUGCUGCUUCUCACCGAGAGCCCCCAGUGUGCUGACUUGAGCACCUGCGAGCAAAGUGUGUGCCUAGGGAGCCAAACCUCCUUCCCUUCCGUGCUUCUCCGCACUCCUGAGUCUCUGGACGGGCGCAGUCAGCCUGCAGAGACCUCGCCCAAGAUCUUCCCCGAAACGGUUGCCGUGAACGGGGGGGCGCAGAUCCUUUGCGGACAACAUUACAAACCCCGGUCACACAAGGGGGAGGAAAGGCUGAGUUUGGCUCUGGUUAUUUUGGUUCCCAAAGGUCCCGUCGGUGGCUCCCAUUUUGGCCCAGCACCGCUGUCAUUUGCUG